UAGGUCUGCAAAGAUGAUGUAGUUUUUAUUAAAGAAAGGUUAUUUCAUUUUUCUUAGGUUUAUGAAAAAUGUGGUCCUGCCCGUGUUGUUUGAGGUUUAAGUUUAGUCCGGAAGAACUAGAACAACGAUAUAAAAGUCAAGAAAUUGAUAAAAUGAUUGAAAAAGAUAAACAGGCUUUAAAACGCCAAGUGAAGUUGCUGCUACUGGGUGCUGGGGAGAGUGGAAAAUCGACAUUUCUGAAGCAAAUGAGAAUAAUACACGGACCUAAGUUCGAAUAUGAAUUAGUUAAAGAAUAUCAACAGGAUAUUUAUCAAAAUAUAGUUCGGGGAAUGAGAGUUCUUGUUGAUGCACGUGACAAACUCGAUAUACCCUGGGAAGACUACAGUAAUUCUGAAAUAGGUAAAAGAUUGCUAGAAUGUGAAAAUCCAACGGUGCUUGAUGCGAUACUCUUUGCAAAUUAUUCACCUUUAGUUGCCAAAUUAUGGAAAGACUCUGGCAUUAAAAGAGCCUUUGACAGAAGACGAGAAUUUCAACUUAGUGAUUCCGUUGAAUAUUUUUUCAACAAUUUGGAUCGAAUAUCACGCUACGAUUUCAUCCCAACCAACCAAGACAUAUUGCAUUGUCGAAAAGCAACCAAAGGCAUAACCGAGUUUGUCAUUCCCAUAAACAAAGUCCCAUUCCUAUUUGUAGAUGUAGGCGGUCAAAGGUCACAGCGACAAAAGUGGUUCCAGUGCUUCGACUCCGUCACGUCAAUACUCUUUUUAGUUUCGUCUUCAGAAUUCGAUCAGGUCUUAUUAGAAGAUCGGAAAACAAACAGGUUAGAAGAAUCCAAAGAUAUUUUCGAUACGAUAAUCAACCACCGAGUGUUCAAAAACGUGUCCAUUAUACUUUUUUUAAACAAAUAUGAUCUAUUGUUAAAGAAGGUCGCGAAUCCUGAAACGGAUAUUCGUUGGUACUUCCCCCAAUUUUCCGGCAAUUCUCACUCGAUACAAGACGUUCAAAAGUUUAUUUUAGCUAUGUUCACCGGGGUCAAACGUGAUCCGAAAAAGGCGCUUUAUCAUCACUAUACAACGGCUGUGGACACGGAAAACAUCAAGGUCGUGUUCAAUUCUGUCAAAGACACAAUACUCACCAGGAAUCUCGAAAUUCUAAUGCUUCAAUGAUUAUUUUUUUUUUGCAUUGUAUAGUCCAGAAACUGGGAGUUAAAAAAAGAUCUACUCGUGAAAUAUUAAGGGAUAUAAAAAGCUAAAAAAUUUUCAAACUUAAGAAUCUCACCCAUUUUUUUUUACGUAUUUUGAAUUUUUCUCCCAGUAAUAUAAAGAAAAUAUAGUAGGUUUUCGUUAAGUUCAGUUUAUGAAUUCCAAAUAUUUCCGAGAGUCAAACUAUCUGGUUCCUGGACUGGUAUUUUUUAAUUUUAGGCUGUGUCUCUGAUGAACAACUCAACCGUUGUAUGUUUGUAUGUCUGUAUGUAUGUACAUAUAUUUUAUUACAUAUAUAUAUAUAUAAUUGUUAUAUAUGGAUAUUUUUUUAUUUAAGACUGACAUAUACCAGCUAAUGAAUGUAAUAUAAUAUUUAAAACUUUUUUCUAGGUAAGACGAUUAACUCUUUUUUAUGUAUAUACAGCUUUCGACACAUAUAAAGUGACCACAAACAGGGUAAUUAAUGUUGCUUGAAGGGAGCAAAAAAUACACUCAUAUUUUUGUUAUUCAUUUACGAUCUCCAAUUAUGUUAAAGGACACUGACUGGGGAUGAGUUAAACAUUGUCUUUUUUUCAUUGAUAUUUAGAGACUGAAUGAUAUUUGGCAUUUAAUGACUUUUUGAUAAUUAAAUUUUAAUCUAUACGGACACAUGAAUCUCAAAAAAAGAUAUAAUCCUUUGCAAUAAAAACUUUUCUUAAAAAGGAAUAUUUUUGUAACAAAGCAUACCGAACAGGUUGAUGUUUUAAAUUUUGUUAAGAAUUAAUUUUCGUAAUGGAAUGGUUAUCUUUACUGCAUUAUGAAGGAUGUUCAAUAAAGCCAAAAUUUCAAAAUACAGUAUGUAAUAUAGUCUUCGUCAAUAUUAUUUGUAUCCAAUACAUUUUAUUUUGAGCAUGCAUAUAAAAAGUUUUUCUGCAUUCUAUUUUAUUUUAUAUCGAAAUUUGUCUAUUAAAACUCACUUCACCAUUUUCGCUUGAGCUUUGACAUUGUUUUCAAUAAUGAAAAGUUGCUCAUUCAUGACUAUUGGUAGCUUUUUGAAAACGUGUUUUUGUAUUACUUCUACAUAACUAAUAAUUAUAUGUGUAAAGUGCCUUAAACAACUGGUUUAUUUUUUAUACACUUAGCUUUUAUACUAAUAUAUUUGUGAUAAUUUAUAUUGCAGUUUAUAAUAAUACAUAAAAAGUCACUUAUUUAAAGUAAUAUUAAGCAUUUUAUUGCUUAUAACAUAUUUGUGUAUUGUGCUGCUAACUCGUAUUACCAACCCCAUAAACAUUUUUUUAAACAUUUGAAAGUGUUUUAACGCACUAAUAUUUUCUUUUUAUUUGUAGCAAAUCAAUUUAAAAAUAGUGUAUUUUUAAUGAGGCUGGUUGUCGUACCAAAAAAAGUAAAUAUUGUAAAAGACCAAUUUAUUUUUUAUUAUUUGUAAGUACUUUAUUCCAAAACUAUUCCAAUAUUUAUCAUUAUAUUGUGUAUAAAAUGUCAUAAAAGAUCUGAAACGAACUACGUACUUCUUUUUUAAAAAAAGAUGUAAGUAAAGUAUGUCGUCAUCUCAGUAUCUUUUAAAAGACUCGCAUUUGUAUAAUUUGUGCCUUAUUAAGUAUUAUGUUUUAGGUAUGAUAUGUAAUUAAAAUAUCGCACUUGCAUUUGAUAAUACUUUUUAGACCAUUUUGUGUGUAGGUAUUGUAUUUUUGUUAAAUAAUUUAUUGUAAAUAAGGAAGUGUAGAUUCUGGCUUAGGCAUAUUUUUGUA